AUGUCGAGGGAUCGUCGACGUGCAGGGUCUUUGACUAGAGAAGCGCUUCAAGCAGAUGACCGCGCGAUCAGCAAUGAGCAUGGGCCUGCAGGCAACCGAAACCCAGCCCGUCGACCACCUCUUCGGACCCGACCUCAGUCAUGGCAUCCGUAUGGACCGGUAGAACCGCCGCUGGAGUCGCUGUCAUCGCGACCCAUCGGCGUUCAUGCAAUCCUAAAUCCGACAUCCCAGCCAGCUGCUGAGAUGCCGUCCAGCAAACGGGAGCCUCUCAGUCUCCCAGGCCCAUCAUCCUCACCUCGACCUCAAGGUUCCUCACCCACAGUCCGUCCGGGUCUCCCAUUGGCACCGCUUCCAUUGUCCCCGAGGUCCCAUACAAGAGCUCUCAUGAAUCCAGGCUCACCCUCGGCCAGGUUUGUUGGCGGGGGUGGCAGGACUUCCGGUCAGUCGAGCGUUGCACAGUCACCUCUAGUUCCCCAGGAACCUUUCAUGGGCCCACGACCCCCCGCCCCCAGUUCGCCUCAUCCAACAGAGACCACCGGUCUACGCUCAAUCGCAUCCAUCACAGGCACACAGCCUCCUGUGCCGGCUUCGCUUCAUUCUACACCUAGGCUUCAUUCGCGCCGGACCAGCGCGGGACCAGGUCCUCUCACCAACCCGAAUUCACAAGAAACGAGUCCCAUUACGCCUCAUUCGACGUUUGGCCAGUUUGGCCGGGCUUCUCCGGCUGUGACUAGCGUUUCCAUUCCACACAGUGCCCCGGCAUACCCAGCGGUUUCCCCGUAUAUGACAAUGGAGCCUCAGAGCCGGGGUGUUCCUGCGCCAGCAGGCCCAAGGAUCAAAGCAGAAGAGACAUCAUCCAGGGCGGGAACUCCACAAAGCGGUGCUUUCCCACCAGGUAUGAUACCAUGCGUACUAGACAUGCGGUCAGGAUCAUCUAGCCAGGCCGAAAAACGCAAAGCCAACAGCGAUGCAUCACGCCGAUUCCGCAAUCGUAAACGCAACGAAAUGCAAUUGGAGCAGCGACUUACGGCCCAGCAAGAGGAAAUCCAACGAAGUAUGGAAACAAUCCGACGACAGAGUGACGAACUCCGCUCCCUAGUCCAACAGCGAGACCAUUACCACUCGGAACGAGAUUUCUAUCGUGACCAGCUGAGCCGAACAAUGCCCCCGGCCUCUUUACCCCCAAGACCCCCUUCUCCACGCUCCAGCCAACCAGCCCACGUCCCAAAUGCCGAUCCAGCAGGCGCAGCCACGUGGUCAGGCGCGGACUCUGGCCGAUCUGUGUCAGGCACACAGCCAGCCCCAGCGGGUCCUCCCAAACCGAGAAUGUUGGACCCCGUUCAGAGUCAGGGUCAAGGUCAGGCUUCCUGGCCUACAACUAACCCACCAUCUUAUCCUUCUACUCCUAUCCCGCCUACUGCACGAGGGGGGCCUCCUGUCCCGUCUGCGUCUGUCUCUGGAGGCCCGUUGCCGCCGAUUCAGGGGACUUGGCCUCGUCCUUGA